UAGAUAUUCCCCUCUUCGAGUUUAUAUUUAAAGAAUACACUCAAGAAAAUGAGCUGAAUUUUAACUGAGUUUGAGUGUUGGACGAGUUGGUUCAAUUUCGAAAAUGAAGUUUUUACUAGUUUUUUCCGUUUUAUUAACUCUCACUCUAGCUGAGAAAUUACCUUCAAAUUUCAAGAGAUGUAGUAGCACAGACAUGGACUGUCUUAAAACAGCAGUGAGUGAAGCUAUCCCCGAGUUUAAAGAUGGUAUUAAAGAUUUUGGUAUACCUGCUCUGGAUCCCCUUUUCAUCCCAAAAAUGACCUUGGGAGGUGGCCAGAAAGUGGUUCAACUCCAGCAAGUAUACGAUAAUGUUACCCUCACAGGUUUAUCGACAUCGAAAGUAACAAGUUUCAAUUUGGAUUUCAAGGAUGAAAGGCUUAUAGUUUACACUACAACUGAGAAGUUGGUAAUCAGUGGUCAUUAUAUCGCUACUGGCAAGAUUCUCGUACUGCCUGUAAAGGGUGAAGGACCAUUCAGCAUUAUUCUCGACCAAGCAGUGGGAACCUUGCUCGUUGAUUUCAAAACCUAUUCGAAGAAGGGAAAAAAAUACCUUAGAGGAGUAGCUGCUAGUCUCAUCUUCGACGUCUCUCAUGCGACCUACAAUUUCAAAAAUCUCUUCAAAAGGAACAAGAGCAUAGAGGACAGUUUGGGGAAAGUGCUGAACGAAAACUGGAAGGAAAUAUUCGAAGAAUUGGUGCCUUCCUACACUGAUGCUUAUGCGCAGGCACUUCUUCAAAUCGUCAACAGGUUCUUCUCGAAAGUGCCACUUUCCGAAGUCUUUACCGAUUACUGAUGAUGAGAUAAUGUUUUACAAAAUAUCGAAUAAAUUUUGUUGACAUUUUUGUAACUUA